AUGGCGUUCAAGUUCAAUUGGCCAGAUUUUACUACUGAAUUUAUAGAACAGGCAAAACAAUUAUUAACAACAGCUUUAAAUAAAAGCAAUAAACCAGCAAAUAUAGUGGAUCAUAUAGUUGUAAAAGAUUUAAACAUGGGAACGAAGCCUCCUGAACUAGAGGUUAUGGAGAUUGGUGAAUUGGCAGUAGAUAAAUUUAAAGGAAUAUUUAAGUUGAUAUAUAGUGGUGAUGCACAUUUAACUUUACAAACUAAAGUACAGGCAAAUCCAAUGAAUAAUAAUAAAUCAGAUGUAAGCAUAUAUACCAGACGUGGUAUUCUUGCAGCAGAUCAACCUCUUGUAGUGCCAAUGUUACUACGACUAAGUAAUUUGAAAUUACGCGGGAUAUUUGUGUUGGUGGUAAGCAAACAAAAAGGAAUUACAUUAGCAUUUAAAAGUGAUCCUCUUGAAAAAAUAGAUGUUACAUCAACUUUUGAUAGUAUAUCAACUAUACAAAGAUUUUUACAAAAUGAAAUUGAGAAAAGAUUAAGAACUAUGUUUCAAGAAGAUUUACCCUCUAUCAUUAGAGGCACCGGCGAAAUUUUCAUCACACUUUCCAAAAAGGUUGUCAAUUCAAUACGUUGCAGAAUCCUACAUGUUUGGUCUCAAAAAGAAAUUAAUGCAGCAUUCUCAAUUGGUAAAAUACUUCCAAUAGAUACGAAUUUGGUGGAUGAAUUGGAAAAGCAGGCACAAGGAAUUUUUAAAGAUGUUGAAACUAUGUUUCAACAUUUACAAUCGCAAAUGUUUGAGGCAACAGUUUUAACAAAAUCAUCUUUUGAAGUUUAUGAUCAAACAAUAGUAAAACAAGGCGAGGCAAUUGAAACAGCGAUUGAUAAAACUAAACAAUUGAUUGAGCUUUGUGUUGAUCUAGAUAAAGAAUUCAAUAGUAACGUCGUUGGCCUGUCAAGUAAAAUUUCCUGGCGAAAUGUUCUUGGCGGAUCUGUUCAUAGUAAAAAUAUAGUUGUUGGUGAUAGCUAA